UUGAGAGCCGAUGAACAGUCAAUCUACGACUUCAAUGUGAUUGAUAUUGAUGGAAAGCAAGUGGACAUGCAUCGAUAUAGGUAUUGUGCCAUUUGCAAACCCUUGUACGCAUCUUUCGUUAGUGGCAAGUCAAUGUGGCGUCUGAAUGAGCUUUGGCUGGAACCAAUUACGUGCAGCUCCAAGCCUUGUAUACCAAAUACUAUGAACAUGGCCUCCGCGUGCUUGCCUUCCCCUGUAAUCAGUUCGGCGGACAGGUAUGUGUUAGGCGUUACCCUCCAACCAGAAUGUUUAGGAACCCGGCACAGAUGCCCAGAUAAAGGAGCAUGUCCAAUCCGCUUACAAUGUCACGUUUGA